ACCUACAGACUCCAGUACAGAGAGAACAGAGUACAGGGAAAUGUUUCUGUGUGGUUUGGGGUGAGUUACUUGCACUCUCUGCAUUCUGCUCACUAGAUGGUGACGCUCUCACCUACUCUGCAGAGCUUAGAGGACUAAGCUGACUCAUGUCCUGUAUUUAAGGCUGUGCCAGAUGCCAGCGCGGGCAUGCCAACCCCCGGGGGAACCAACCUCUCAACCUGAACCAUUAUGCCACCAAGAAGAGUGUGGCAGAGAGCAUGCUGGAUGUGGCGCUCUUUAUGUCCAAUGCCACGCGGCUGAAAGUGGUGCUGGAGCAGGGGCCGUCCUUAGAGUACUACACCACCCUCAUCACCCUCAUCAGUCUGUCUCUGAUUCUGCAAGUAGUCAUUGGCAUUCUUCUUGUGGUCAUUGCCAGGCUGAACCUGAACGAGGUAGCAAACCAAUGGCGUCUAAACCAGCUAAACAACGCUGCCACCACCCUGGUCUUCAUUACUGUGGUCAUCAACAUUUUUAUCACUGCUUUCGGGGCACAUAAGACAGGCUCCAUGGCUGCCAGGACCUCCAGCAAUCCUGUUUAACCCCUGCCUAGGUCCCAGGAACAGGGUCUGGAACUGCUUCAACCCUUGUCCCUGACCGGUCAGGCUAGCUAGCACAUUCCACAUCCUCCAGGAGAGCUUCAAGAGCAAUGAAGAUGCCCCUGUUUCCUGCCCACAGGACCUGAACUCAGUUGUGCAGUUUUACUGGGUGACGUAAUUGCAUCUUGGUCUGGAGGCCUGAGCUCAGCCUCUGCAACAGUUACCUUUCCUCCAGCAACAGCAAUUGGGUCUGCUAAUCAGAGUCUACAUGGCCUGCAGACUCUGGUUCCACUGCAUUCCUACCCUCUGCUCCAAGCCUCAGUUUCCCCUUUCUGCAAAAUGGGAAUCUAUCUAUAAAGAUAUCUGAAAAUCCA